AUGGCGUAUGUAGAGAAAGAAAUAAAUGAACCAUUGUGGAAGCAUGUCAGAGGGGAGCCGGUGACGGAGGUUACUCCUGAGACGCAAUCAGAACCUGAAGCCUUUGUGCAGUCGUUGCGGAUUAAGCCGAAAGACUUGAAGAUGGCGGCAGCAGCUCUGUAUUCUAUGUUCAAGGAUUCGUUUGAGAUAGUUGAAUCGCAGGCUGAUUUUGCAAAAUCAAUAGGUCUGUGGCGUAAUAAGCCGGAUAAAGUGCUUUUGGCGUGA